AUGGAGCGGCUGGCGGCGCCGGGCGAGGUGCGCAUGAGCCAGGCCAUCCAGCCGGCGCACGCCAACGCCCGCGGGGAGCUGAGCGCCGGGCAGCUGCUCAAGUGGAUUGACACCACCGCCUGCCUGGCCGCUGAAAAACAUGCCGGAGUUUCCUGUGUCACAGCCUCAGUGGAUGACAUUCAAUUUGAGGAAACAGUUAAAGUUGGACAAGUUAUAACCAUCAAAGCAAAAGUUACUAGAGCAUUCAGCACAAGCAUGGAGAUCAGUAUCAAGGUCAUGGUACAGGACACAUUGAUGGACAUUGAGAAACUUGUUAGUGUGGCUUUCUCUACAUUUGUAGCCAAACCAGUUGGAAAAGAAAAGAUUCACUUAAAACCAGUCAUACUUCUAACUGAACAAGAUCAAGUGGAGCAUACUCUGGCUUCUGAGAGAAGGAAAGUUCGGUUACAACAUGAAGAUACUUUUAACAACUUAAUGAAGGAAAGUAGCAGUUUGGAAGAUCCUGCUUGCGAUGAAGAGGAAGGGACCGUGGCCACCAGGGGCACUGCUGUUCAGAGCAUUGAACUUGUGCUGCCACCCCACGCAAACCAUCACGGGAACACAUUUGGUGGCCAGAUUAUGGCUUGGAUGGAGACAGUGGCAACUAUUUCUGCAAGCCRCCUGUGUAAGGGGCAUCCCUUUCUGAAGUCUGUGGACAUGUUUAAGUUCCGGGGACCAUCUACAGUCGGAGACCGUCUUGUCUUCAACUCCAUUGUCAACAAUACAUUUCAGACCUGYGUGGAGGUUGGAGUGCGCGUGGAGGCCUUCAACUGUCAGGAAUGGUCCGAAGGCCGAGGCCGCCACAUCAACAGUGCUUUUCUCAUUUAUAAUGCUGUUGAUGAUAAGGAAGAACUCAUCGUCUUCCCCAGAAUUGAACCCAUUUCAAAGGAUGAUUUUAGACGCUAUCGGGGAGCUAUUGCACGCAAGAGAAUACGCCUUGGCAGGAAAUACGUUAUUUCUCACAAAGAAGAAGUUCCACUCUGCAUACAGUGGGAUGAAAGCAAGCAGGUAUCGUUGAGUAAUGGCAAUGUGGAGGCAUUCAGAAAGCUGGCGGCUAAAAGGGGCUGGGAGGUUAUCAGCUCUUCAAAAAAGAUAAAAAUAUAUACUCUGGAAGAGCAAGAUGUUUUAUCUGUUUGGGUUGAAAAACAUGUGAAAAGCCCAGCAAACUUGGCUUAUUGUCUCUUGUCGGACUUUACAAAGCGACCACUGUGGGACCCCCAUUACAUGUUCUGUGAAGUCAUAGACAGGGUGAACGAGAAUGAUCAAAUAUAUUACAUCAUCUGUUCUGAGGUCAAUAGUGACAAACCCAAAGACUUYAUAGUACUUGUAUCACGAAGAAAGCCUCUCAAAGAUGGCAACACCUACAUGGUGGCAGCCAAGUCAAUCAUCCUGCCAUCAGUCCCACCGUCUCCACAGUACAUCAGAAGUGAAGUCAUAUGUGCUGGAUUUCUUAUCGAGGCUAUUGAUAGUACUUCAUGCACUGUGUCUUACCUUAACCAGAUGUCAGCUAGCAUCCUUCCAUACUUCGCUGGAAAUCUUGGUGGCUGGUCAAAAUCCAUUGAAGAAGCAGCAGCCUCUUGUAUUAAAUUCAUAGAGAAUGCUACUGAUGAUGGACCUAUCAGUGGACUUUAAGUGGUCAACUUUCAGUUACUUGCAGUUUAAUUUCCUACUCUUAAUUCCAAGUGCCUUCGUCCUGACACUUGCCAAAUUUGGGGGCCACAGAAUGAUUUAAUAUGAGCCUAAACAAAAUGCAGUUAAGAAGUUAAAUACCAAACUGAAAUGUAUAUCAAGUUUAAUCCUAGUGAUUUGGAUUAGCAUUGAAAGAGCUUUAAAACUGUUAUAGAUGAUCUGUGGCUCUGCCUCUUCUAGCAGCACAGAUACUGGAAGAUUGCCUGGAUGCAGUGUCACAUGUUGUGUAAAAUGGUACAAAUAUAGUUAAAAAUCAUCAAAAACAUGUUUAGGUUACAGAGGCACAAUGAGCUUGAAAUUUCAUAAAACAUAAAAUGCUGAUCUGCUGUARGUUCAUUUAACGUGUGGUGGCAUCUCAUGUGCAGCAGGUAUCUGCAAGUCAGGAGCAUCUGACAAGAUGUAUUACAUGUUUUAGAGCUUUAAAUUAUGAAGGCAUUAAAACRUAAUGGAAUCCAAUCAAUUUUAGUAAUAGGAACUACUUUACUAGUGUCAUUUUACAUAUAUUCAAGGUGGCUGGCCAAUUUAGUAUCUAUUGCUAUAUAUACACACACAAAGUACCUGCAAGAUGUGAUAUUGCAGAGAAAGUGAGUAUUAACUGAGCUCUUCUUUCAUAAUCAUUACAUUAGCACUUUAUUAGGGGAUAGACUUUGACAUUCGUUAUUCCACUCUAGGAUUUGUCUUAAYGCUUAAGACAAAGAAGAAUGUGUCAAGUCAGCCUCCUUUAACCGACAACUUUUAUAAGUUGUUGAAGGAGUUCUGCAUUAGUGUUCGGAGGACUUACCAGGUGGAACUCAUCCUGGUGUUGGUUUGCCAAGGCUCCACCCCUACUCCCACCUGUCUACACACACAGUCUGUAGCUGGUCAUAAGUAGUUUUACUUACUUUUACACUUAAAGUAUUUUUAUUUGUCAAGAGAUUUUUACAUAUGUGAAAAUUUUGCAUAUGUGAAUUUUGGACUGUGCUGCAAUUUUAUGAAUUAGCACUUAUAUAUAAUAUGAAGCAUAGAUAUUUAGAUGAAGAUGAUUAUUCAUUACCUUCAGAAGUAAAAAAUUUGAGAAUAUUUUUAUAUUAAAAAAGGUAAAAAAUAGUAAUAAAGGGGUUACAUUACAUUAAAUUUUGUAUGCUGAAAUUUUAGACUUCUCCAAUUAAGAUACUUAUAAAUGCUGUCUGCCUAGCCUCAACUUUUGAGUUUAUAUUUUUUAAAAACUUUUUCCUGAACAGAAAUAUUGUGAGGAUGAAGGAGUAAAGUGACUUCAGCYGCUUCACGCUGAGACAUAAAGAUGGUGCUUACUCUCAUUUACGGUAGUCUCACCUUAGCCCUGGGAGAUACGUUCUAAGACCCCUGUGGAUGCCUGAAUUCACUGAUAAUGCUGAACCCUGUCCUAUGUGUGUUCCUGUAUAUACAUACCUGUGAUAAAAGGCUUAGUUGACAAAUUAGACACAAU